CAAAUAAAGAAAAUAUAUAUCUCUACAUCGAGAAAGCUACUAAAUUACGUAUAUCAAACCUAAAAAUUUCAGUUCUCGCACAAAUGACGAACACGACUAUCCAACUAAGUCCUCGUCACAAUUUGUUGUAAGCCCAAAGCCACUUGAACAAGAAGUCAAGAACGCAAAAGAUUCAUCAUUGGACCUGAGAAAGACGGCCGAAGAAGUUUGGAGCUAAAUAUAGAAUUUGAUUCCGUAAGUUACUUUUUGGAAGACCUGAUCCCGCCUCCGUUCUGGUACCAAGGCACAGAUCCGUUUCUUGACAGUGGGAAAUUUCUUGUUCCUCUUCACUUCCAAGCUUCUGGACGUUAUCAGCCAGUCGCUUCUCAGUUCCUGUCGUCGGAAACGACGAAAGAGAGACAGAGAGAUUGCAGCUUUCCCACAAAAAAAACGAUGGAGCAAAUUUGGUGGGUUUUGGUCGCCACUGCAGCAGCAUUGCUAAUACCUUUAUUCAAAAUCGCCUUCUCCAAGUCCAAACCACUACGUUUCUCGAAGAAAAUUGCUGAAUCGCCGGACCCAGAACCAGAAUCAGAAGCAUCGCAAUCGGUCGAGCUUUCUGCUCCUUCCAAUUCGCCGCCGGAGCUUCCCGUCGGGGAAUACGAGGUGUUUCUGAGCUUCCGAGGUCCCGACACUCGCCUCACUUUCACCGAUUUCCUCUACACCUACCUGGUUCAAGCCAAGAUCCGAACUUUCAGGGACGACGACGAGCUCCGCAAGGGGGAGACAAUUGGGCCUGAGCUCAUCAAGGCGAUUGAAGAGUCAAAGAUUGGGAUCCCAAUUUUCUCCCCAAACUACGCCGCCAGCAAGUGGUGCCUCCAGGAGCUUGCGAAAAUGGUGGAGUGCAAGAGGAAGAAAGGGCAGGUCAUUUUGCCCGUGUUCUUUUAUGUUGAACCCACCGAUGUAAGGCAUCAGAGAGGGAGUUACAAGCAGGCGUUUGAGGAGCACAGCAAGAAGUUUGAUAAGAAGACGGUGGAUGAAUGGAGGGCUGCUAUGGAAGAGGUUGGAGCAUUGAAAGGAUGGGUUGUCAAGGACUCAAUUUGGCAAGGAGCUACAAUUCAGAAUCUGUUUUCAGCUGUAUGGUCAGCAUUGAGGAGGGAGUAUUUGUUAGUGACUGAUAGCUUGGUCGGGAUUGAGCAUCAUGUAGAAGAAAUGAUGAAAUUACUGGAUUUGGACUCCAAAGAGGUGAAAAUUGUUGGGAUUCAUGGUGUAAGUGGGAUCGGCAAGACGACUAUAGCCAAGGCUGUUUACAACAAACUGUUUGAGCAGUUUGAUCAUUGUUGCUUCUUGGAAGACGUACGAGGAACGUUACAAGAAUAUGGGGGCACUGUCAAGUUGCAGAACAAGCUUAUCUCUAGCAUUUUAAAGGUGGAAGCCGACAUUGAUAAUGUUAGUCAAGGGGUCAACUUGAUGAGAAACAGAGUCUUGAAGUACAAGCUUCUGAUAAUUCUUGAUGAUGUGGAUAAGAAAUUUGAAUUCGACAAGAUCUUAGGACAUGCGGAUGAGUUUUCCCCCGGUAGCAGGAUUAUUAUCACAACAAGAGACAGGACAGUCCUUAAUCGUCUUAAGGUGCAUCUGAAAUAUGAACCCCCUGCAAUGAAUCCAGAACAUUCUCUUCAACUUUUCAGCAAGCAUGCCUUUGGUGAGGAUUCUCCUCCAGAAGAGUAUGCAAAACUAUCUUCUGACAUUGUAUCAACUGCAGCAGGGGUUCCUUCAGCCCUUAAGGAUGUAGGGUCACGUUUGUCCGGAGAAGAUAGAGCAGUGUGGGAAGAAACUUUGAUGAAGUUGAAAGAUAAAGCCAGCGAGAACGGCAACUUGAUAAGUUGA